AUGCUGCUGCAUAAUUUGUUAUUGAAUUUGUUCCUCUGCGCCGUGGGAAAAGCUCAAUAUAAUUUGUACAAUACGGAUCAUGCCUUGGACUUGAACAGUGCUCAAAUUAAUUGUUUGUAUUACUAUGCUCAGAAGAUAUUUCUUAUAUUUGAAAAAACUGAAUAUUGUCUUGAAUCACCAGAUAAGACUGAAGUAAGUCCUGAUACAAUUCUUGGAAAUUUCACAUUUGAUCAAUUACGUGAAUUGAGUAUUACUACGCAAGAUCUUCUUUCAUGGUCAGCUUCGAUCGAUCAAGCUGAACGCUAUCAGUAUUAUCUAGAUCAUACUCAUGAUUCGCUUCUGUCGAAGGAAUUAUUUUUUAAUUGUACAAAACCAUGGUUUGGGUCUUAUUGUCAAUACUCAUUCGGAAUGGGAACAACAUAUGAGCUUGGAAGUAUCCUGAAGAAGACAUUCAAAAGAAAAUACUUUCUGUCUCCUCCGGAUACAGUUGCUUACGGAUCAUGUUAUGUACAUAUAGAAUGUGACCGCGGUAGUCCACAUGUGUGUUUGGAUUGGCGUGAGAUAUGCGACGGACGAAUUGAUUGUGUUGAUGGAGGCGCCGAUGAAGAACAUUGUUUUGAAUUAGAAAUCAACACAUGUGGUCAGGAUGAAUAUCGAUGCCGUAACGGAUUGUGCAUUGCAAAAGAAUUUGUGGAAGAUGAUUCUGCACAAUGUCUCGAUGCCUCGGAUUUACCUAGCGGAUCAGUNCGCGGUAGUCCACAUGUGUGUUUGGAUUGGCGUGAGAUAUGCGACGGACGAAUUGAUUGUGUUGAUGGAGGCGCCGAUGAAGAACAUUGUUUUGAAUUAGAAAUCAACACAUGUGGUCAGGAUGAAUAUCGAUGCCGUAACGGAUUGUGCAUUGCAAAAGAAUUUGUGGAAGAUGAUUCUGCACAAUGUCUCGAUGCCUCGGAUUUACCUAGCGGAUCAGUUGAUUAUCCAGACGAUUUUGAUUAUCCAAAUAUAUUUGAACAUGAAGAACGAAUCUGUUUAUCGAACAAAAGACGGUUUAGCUGCGGAGAUGGACGAUGCGUCAGAGAUUAUGAAACCUGUCUCAGUAUGCGACAUGUUUUCUUUCAUAAGUUGAUCAGUAUGCAAGGCAAUUUAUCAUUUACUUGCUGGAUGACGAUGGUUUGUUUAACUAAAAUACUUGACAAAGUUAAUGGAAUAUCUUGUCAUGAAAUCAUUCGAUUAUCAAAUAUCACGCUUAAUCUGCAAACAUGUGAUAAUAUUACUUCAUUCCCAGUUGUUCCAAUACUCUUUGGGCACGUGCGUUUUCUAUAUCUUCUCAAUGAUACCUCAAAGGUGAACACCAGUCGAAUUCUUCUGCCUGAGCAUAUAUGCUAUGAUCAAGAGCUGUGCAAUUUUCUAACGCCGACGUUUCAUCAUGAAAACUAUACCUGUCGCUCAACCCGUGAUAUCGAUUUGAACUUCACUAAGUUACAAUCUGAACAGUGGUCGUCCCUUAUUAGUAUUAUGGAACCGUAUUUUCGUAGAUGUUCAACUGGAAGUAAGCACAACAAAGAUUCAGGCAACUCGUUAUUAUACUGUUGCAAGAACUCAACCAAAUGCAUAUCAAUUCAUCGAAUACUCGAUAGUAUAUCAGAUUGUUACCUGAAUGAUGACGAAGAAGAAUACGAGCGCAGCUGUUUAAUCGAUGACAUAUUACGUUUUCGAUGUGGUAAUGAAAAUAGAUGCUAUGGUGUAUUGAACCCUCGUGAUAUAUGCCCCCGACGAAGUUCGAUUCGUGUUGACGCCAUCGAAUUCUACCAAAUGUGCGAUCGACAUAUCCAGAUGUUCCCAGUGCUAAUCAAUGGGGAAAAUCACACGGAUGAAACGGAAUGUGAUCGAUGGCCCUGUAAUAAUAUGUAUACACGAUGCGAUGGCUUUUGGAGUUGCCCCAAUGGAGAAGAUGAAUAUAAUUGUACAGAGCGACAACUAUGUCCAUUAAGUUCACUGGCGUGUGUAUCUCCACAGAAUCGUACGAUCAUGUGUUUGCCAGCAAGUCGAGUUAAUGACGAUUAUAUCGACUGUCUUGGUUCAGCAGAUGAACUUCGUCAUUGUCGCAGCGAUCUUUCACAAAUCGGGUGGUAUAAUGGAUUUCGUUGUUGGAAUGGUAACAAAUGCAUUGGACGAUCGAAGAUAUGCGAUGCAAAUAUAGAUUGUUCGUUUGGUGAUGAUGAAGAUUUUUGUGAGAAUAGUUACGAACCUUGCUUCAAGUGUGAAAAAUCCACUUGCUCCGAUAUGAGAGAAACUAUCUGUUAUCGUAGUUCGUUGCCCAGGCCGAAGUUUUCCUUUGGAGCUCCAGCAGUACAUGCUCCAUCUACAAACAGAAUAUUCGAACAUGUCGCACCAGAUUUUACGAAAUAUACCAUAAGCGAACCUUCUGAUCGUACGUGGCCAUGGCGUUGCAACCUUGGUUUAUAUGUCACACUGUGGUCGAGCAAUCGUUCUUCGAAAUUUCAAUGCUUUUGUCCACCAUCAAAUUACGGUGACUUAUGCCAAUAUCAAAAUCAACGCAUUAGUGUCACAGCUAAAGUUAAUUUUAUCGAUGCAUUCGGUAUUUACGCCGUUACUGUCAUGUUAAUCGAAGAUGACGACGAUCGCCAAGAUAUAAACAGUUACCAUCAAUUCGUUUCGGUCGCUCGUCGCGAAUGUCAUCAGAUUUAUAACGCCUAUCUUACUUAUGCAACGCGUCCGAAAAAUGCUUCCCAGAAAUAUANCCAAUAUCAAAAUCAACGCAUUAGUGUCACAGCUAAAGUUAAUUUUAUCGAUGCAUCCGGUAUUUACGCCGUUACUGUCAUGUUAAUCGAAGAUGACGACGAUCGCCAAGAUAUAAACAGUUACCAUCAAUUCGUUUCGGUCGCUCGUCGCGAAUGUCAUCAGAUUUAUAACGCCUAUCUUACUUAUGCAACGCGUCCGAAAAAUGCUUCCCAGAAAUAUAGUAUUCGCGUUGAUGCUUUUGACAAAAUUCGUUUAAUUCAUCUUGCCAGUUGGCAUUUUGAUAUCCCAUUUUCGUUUUUACCUAAUCAUCGUAUGGCAGUUCUGUUGAAUGUUCCAGAUCGUGAACUAUUCGACAUUCACCUUUGUCCGUUGACGUGUUACAAUGGUGAAUGUAGAAAAUAUAUAAACAAAGAAGAGUUCUUUUGUAAAUGUCAUACAGGAUGGUCUGGUGCCCAAUGCAAUAUUCCUAUUCGUUGCAGUGAUUGUUCAGCCGAUUCACUUUGUAUCGGUCAAAUUCGCAAUCGUUCUAUUUGUGUCUGUCCGUUACAUAAAGGUGGUCCACGAUGUUUACUUCGAUUGUCAUGCUCUGAAGAUUAUUGCGACAACAAUGCUACUUGCUUAGUACAUAGUGAUGGAAGAAGUGCGAUGAACUUUGUUUGUAUCUGCCCUCAAGAAUUUAUGGGACUAUUUUGUCAUAUUAGAACACCGAAACUGGAUAUUUCUUUGCAACAUAUCCGUGUUGCGGCAUCUUAUUUGCUUGUUUAUGUCUACAUGAAUACUGUAAAAGGUUGGCAAUUCGAACAAACAGAACUCGUGAUAAUACCACAAAAACUGAGACUAUUCCAACCUAAUGUCUCGAUUUACACCAAAAUGGAGAUCGGUAUGGUUUUUGUCAAGAUCGAUAAUAAGUAUUAUUCCACUGUACUGCAAUCAAUCAGUGAUACACAUUUUUCGACCUCUAUUAAUCCUGCGCUACGAUGUGAAUCGAUUGACGAAGUUUUACAUUCUCAAUUGGUGAGCCUGCCGAAAAUUCGACGUAUGAAAUACUUUCAUUUCGUGUGUCAAACUCAUCUUCGUCUCGCAUGUUUUUUUGAUGAAUCCCACAUGUGUUUGUGCACCCAUGAACAUCAUGCGAACUGUUUCAAAUUCAAUCAUACACCACUGAUUUGUCGGCAUGCGACUCAUUGUCAGAAUGGUGCGCAAUGCUCGAAUGAUGGCUCUCCUUGCCCUGUUUCAACGUGGUGCAAUUGUACGGAUUGUUAUUUCGGAGAUCGGUGUCAGUUUUAUGCUAAAGGUAUUGGGUUGACAUUAGACGAUAUUCUACGUUACGAUAUUCGACCGAAUGCUACACUCUCAGAACAGACAGUUUUAGUUAAAUGCUGCUCGGCAUUUACCAUCCUGAUUUACCAUCAAUUCGUUUCGGUCGCUCGUCGCGAAUGUCAUCAGAUUUAUAACGCCUAUCUUACUUAUGCAACGCGUCCGAAAAAUGCUUCCCAGAAAUAUAAUAUUCGGGUUGAUGCUUUUGACAAAAUUCGUUUAAUUCAUCUUGCUAGUUGGCAUUUUGAUAUCCCAUUUUCAUUUUUACCUAAUCACCGUAUGGCAGUUCUGUUGAAUGUUCCAGAUCGUGAACUAUUCGACGUUCACCUUUGUCCGUUGACGUGUUACAAUGGCGAAUGUAGAAAAUACAUAAACAAAGAAGAGUUCUUUUGUAAAUGUCAUACAGGAUGGUCUGGUGCCCAAUGCAAUAUUCCUAUUCGUUGCAGUGAUUGUUCAACCGAUUCACUUUGUAUCGGCCAAAUUCGCAAUCGUUCUAUUUGUGUCUGUCCGUUACAUAAAGGUGGUCCACGAUGUUUACUUCGAUUGUCAUGCUCUGAAGAUUAUUGCGAUAACAAUGCUACUUGCUUAGUACAUAGCGAUGGAAGAAGUGCGAUGAGUUUUGUUUGUAUCUGCCCUCAAGAAUUUAUGGGAAUAUUUUGUCAUAUUAGAACACCGAAACUGGAUAUCUCUUUGCAGCAUGUCCGUGUUGCGGCAUCUUAUCUGCUUGUCUAUGUCUACAUGAAUACUGUAAAAGGUUUGCAAUUCGAACAAACAGAACUCCUGAUAAUACCACAAAAAUUGAGACUAUUCCAACGCAAUGUCUCGAUUUACAUCACAGGGGAGAUCGGUAUGGCUUUUGUCAAGAUCGAUAAUAAGUAUUAUUCCACUGUACUGCAAUCAAUCGGUAAUACACAUUUUUCGACCUCAAUUAAUCCUGCGCUACGAUGUGAAUCGAUUGACGAAGUUUUACAUUCUCAAUUGGUGAGCCUACCGAAAGUUCGACGUAUGAAAUACUUUCAUUUCGUGUGUCAAACUCAUCUUCAUCUCGCAUGUUUUUUUGAUGAAUCCCACAUGUGUUUGUGCACUCAUGAACAUCAUGCGAACUGUUUCAAAUUCAAUCAUACACCAAUGAUCUGUCGGCAUGCGACUCAUUGUCAAAAUGGUGCUCAAUGCUCGAAUGAUGGCUCUCCUUGCCCUAUUUCAACGUGGUGCAAUUGUACGGAUUGUUAUUUCGGAGAUCGGUGUCAGUUUUAUGCUAAAGGUAUUGGGUUGACAUUAGACGAUAUUCUACGUUACGAUAUUCGACCGAAUGCUACACUCUCAGAACAGACAGUUUUAGUUAAAUGCUGCUCGGCAUUUACCAUCCUGAUGUUCGUUGUUGGUUUAAUCAAUAGUCUCUUCUCGAUUAUAACAUUUUCUGAUCGAAAAUCGAGAGAAGUAGGUUCCGGAAUUUAUCUUCUUACAUCGUCUAUCGUAUCGCUGUUCACAGUGAGCAUUUUAACAGCGAAAUUCUGGUAUCUUAUUCUAACACAAAUCAAUCCAUUUGUUGAUCGUUCUCUACUACGGAAUGGAUGUCGAUUAUUGGAAUUCAUUCUAAAAGUUUGCCUAUAUCUGAACAAUUGGCUCAAUGCUUGCGUCGCACUUGAGCGAUCGAUGGCUGUACAUACCGGCGCUUAUUUUAAUAAAUCUCGGAGCAAACGCAUUGCACGUAAGGUCAUUAUUAUUGUACCGAUAGUUAUCAUGUUGAGUAUUGUUCAUGAACUUGUCUUUCGCGAUCUAUUUGAAGAUCAUGAAGAACAACGUCUAUGGUGUUUAAUGCCCUAUUCUCGAUCGAUCCAUACAUACAAUACAAUUGUUUCCCUGUUUCAUUUUCUUGCUCCAUUUCUGGCCAAUUUCUAUUCUGCUGUGUUCAUUACUUUUCGUGGCGCGCAACAACGAGCGCGAGUGCAACCGCAAAUAACACACAGGCAACACCGAUGGCAACAACUCAAUGAUUAUAAACAUCUGAUCAUCAGUUCGAUCGUUCUUGUUAUUUUAACAAUACCCCAACUAAUCAUUUCGUCUUUGUCCGGAUGCGUCAAAGCAGCUUAUCAAUCGCAAGUUUAUGCUGCAGGUUAUUUCAUAUCGUUCGUGCCGUCGAUGUCCAUUUUUAUUGUAUUUGUUCUACCGUCGCGAUUGUAUCAAAGUCAAUUUAAAAAAGCGUUAAAAUCAUGGCGGCAGAUGUUCUCUCGGUGUUGA